AUCACACAAACCAGUUUUGGGUUUCACUCUCUUCGGUUAAUAAAACGCGCGACAGUAUUCGACUAGGUACCAUCCAGUGUUCUUUCUUCCUUUGCAACGGGUUCACGGUUGUUUUUGCUAUUUUUUUUUUUGAAAUUUUAAUUGUUUAGUUUAGUUGUUUGGUGCGGUGGUUCACUGUGAGAUGAAAGCGUAGCGGUUUAUGUCAUUGCUAUUUUUAUAAUUCUUUUGUGAUCGUCGUCUCUUGUGGGAAGAGCUCAAUCAUGAACCUUCUUCUACCAAUCGUCCUUGCCAUAGCGCCUCUCGUAUCAGCCCAGCAGCAUGCAGCAUGUUUCGCCCCCUACCAAAAUGGAGUACAGCCCGCUCCUGAUACACGAGAAGGUCUUUAUGGGGGUCAACAAGAAUUCUCCUUGGCCUUGCUCAAUGCAAUCAACAAAAUAAUGCCUAAAGAAAACCUGUUUUUCUCACCUUACUCGACUUAUCACGCUUUGUUGAUAGCCUACUUUAUGGCUGGAGGGCAGACUGAAGCAUAUUUGAGAAAAGUUUUGAGACUCAGUGAAACACGGCGUAAAUCUGACAUAUACACCGCCUACAAGCUUGACAAAUACAUGACAAAAUUCAUAGCGAAUAGUGCCCCCUACGAGUUCACCAGUGCUAAUAAAAUUUACGUUUCUAAUGAGACCGAAGUGAGAGAGUGUGUUAAGAAUGAUUUUCCUGAAGAGUUAGAGUCUUUUCCUUUCAAGGUUGAUCCUGAAGGUUCCAGGUUAGCAAUCAAUAACUGGGUAGAAAAUACGACUCAUCAUAUGAUCACCGAUUUGCUACCUCCUGGUACAAUAGACCCAACUACCAGCUUGGUUCUGGUGAAUGCUGCCUACUUUAAGGGUAUUUGGGAGAACAAAUUUAAUCCCAAUUUGACGAAACCAGAGAUUUUCUACGUCAGUCCGACGAAGCAAAUUAUGGUUGAUAUGAUGCACGUAGAGGGCACUUUUAGACAUGACAUUUCUGAAGCGCUCGGUGCUCACAUCUUAGAGUUACCCUACCAAGGCGACAACAUCAGCAUGUUCAUAUUACUUCCUCCGUUCUCGAACACUGAAGACUCCAUCGAUGCCACUUUAAAGAACUUGAACCUGGAAAACUUUAAAAAGGUUGUGGAUAGAGAUCAGUUGAUUUCUCGCACCGUACAAGUUGCCCUUCCCAAAUUCAGUUUGGAGACUACCAUCGAACUCGUACCGGUCUUAGAGAAGUUAGGAGUCGGAGACCUGUUCCAGUCAACGGCGAACCUCACCGACCUCAUAGAAAAUGGCGAGCUUAGUUUAGGAAAUGCCCUUCACAAGUCGAAAAUCGAAGUUACUGAGGAAGGAACUAAAGCUGCUUCCGCAACUGUGCUGUUUAGCUUCAGAUCCAGCAGACCUGCUGAGCCUGCCGUUUUCAAUUGCAAUCAUCCUUUUAUUUAUUUUGUUUUUGAUAAAUUGAGGGAUGCUAUGCUGUUUGGAGGGGUUUUCAGAAGACCACAUUAAAGUUCACAUUUAAAUAAAAAUUAGUUAUGUAUAUAAAAAUAUAAAACUUUUUACGGAUUUAUUCUGAACUGAAAUUGUUGAAUUUGUUAUUGUCAAAGUUUUAGGUAUUAGAUCUGAUUGUUGAUAUGUACACAUAAGUUUAUUAUGUAUGUUUACUUUGUUUAUGUAAGGUUACCGUUUUUUAAUUGACAGUAUUUUCAACCACGUUUUUUUAAUUAAUACUAGUGACUUUUACUAAACUUUUUAUAAUAUAUAUUUAUUGUAUGUA